GACUAUUUGAUUCUGUUGAGUGCCCAUAUCCAGGAACUCUGCGAAUCACAUGGGGUGCGUCCAGAGGGAUCUGGGCUAGAGUCGAGUGGGUAUGACUGGGCAGUUAAACAGGUGACGUGUGUCGCGUGGUCCCUGGUCACAAUAGGGACAUACCGGCAAUUGGCCGGUCUGUGGUAAGUUAUGCAGCGCCAGUGUGGUUUCAACAGCUCUGUGACACGCGGUGGAAUAAUUUUCAGAUUUAUCAGAACACCACCCUUCGAACUGUGACGGGCUGUCUCCUCAGUUCUCAUGUGGACCAACUCCAUCAAGAGACAAAGAUCUGACCAGUAUGAAGACUUAACUACAUGCUGUCUAAGCAAUACCUUUUGGGCUGUUAUCGCAGACCAUCUAAAUCAUCUAAUCUCAUCAUCCCCCGCACAGAAGCCUUAAGGUAGAUCUACAUGAUCUAGAGCGCCACGUUCACCGCUACAAGAGGGAACCUUUAGAUCAAGCCACAUUCAUGCAGACACGGUAACAGAUGAGGAAAAUAGCUACCGGCUGAACGUAUAAAUUGAAUAAAUUGACCUCCCCCGGCAAGCCAGAGUAGGUCUGGCUCAAUUACGAUCCCGCAGAUGCACCCGCCUCAACUCCUACAGAGCAAGGAUUCAUAGCGAUUGUGACAAGGAACACAAGACACACGUCACCUUUUUAACUGCCCAGCCAGUCCCACACGACUCAGACCCUGAUCCCUCUGAAGGCACCCCAUCUUAGUCGCAGAGGUCCUCGAUCUGGAUACUCAACAUAAUCAAGUAAACGAAAGAUAGAACACAACAAACUGCUACAACAACAACAAGCACUUGGUAGAAAGGUUCUAACAUGGCAGGAUACCUCGCAAGCAGCAUUAGUAAGAGGAUAACCACCGCUAAAAAUUUUUCUAAUGUUCAAGCCGGGGUUUGGGCCUAGGCAUUCGGCAUAUAGGCGGAAAUGAUAACCUCUGCGUCACGGUAGCCACCGAAGAAAAAAUAACAGUUAUCAAUUAUUUCAAGAUCGGAAUUACUGAAUAUGGAAAGGACGCAAUGCAUCGCCGAGUAUAAAUAUCUUUUUGCAAUAUGCUUGACAAAAUGGUAGCAGAGAUAGAAAAGAACGUAUUCCUUUUGCAAACCACUCGUAAUUAAAGAAGUUCGAUCUUCCAAAACAAAGAUGUUUAAUGUUAUGCAUUUUUUUUCAAUGUAUUUUGUGUUGACAAGAGCUAUGAAUGAAGUUCGUAUUUUAAAGAUUCUACCUACCUACCUAUGUUUUAUAGUUCAGUUGUCAAACUUUUGAAUUCAAGAAAGAACACAAAAUUUUUUUCAAAAAAGGAAAGAACAAAAGAAUUAAAUCAAAAACUGAAAAGAAACUCAACAAACAAACAAUCAAAUAUGGAUACAUUCAACCAAUUCGUGGAGUCCGAAUUUGGAGCAACCGAGGAACAUGGAAUUCGUGCAAAUAACAACAUUGACGAUUCUUGUUCUGCGAAUGAGGCCCAUCAAGAACGGCACGGAAGAGAGUCGUCAAAACGUUUUCCUGACCAUCCCGCGGCAAGAAACGAAAAUGAAGUCUUUGAUUGUGAUUGCGGGGCGAAUGGGGACAAUGGUGGAUUGGGAGGAACUAGUUGCGUUGAGGGUAAGUAUUGCAAAAUGUGUUCAUUUCAAUUGUGUUUAAAUAUGUAUCUCGUUUGUAAAAAAAAAUAAGGAACAUUUUGUUAAUUUAAAAUAAAAUGUCAUUCUAGAAUAUUUGGGAAACGAGGCUUCUGAGGUUCAGGAACAUAAUGCAGUUGGGGGUCAGUUUUGUAAUAUAGCAGGGAAAUUUGGCAAUCCGAAAAGGGAUUUCAGAGAUUGGCAGCAGAGUUUGAACAAUUUUCAAUUAGAAGGCUAUAGAACUGCCGAUGCCUUAGUGGACGGCUCUAAUAACAUUGACUUGGAAUUUAGCUCCGGAUUCGAUACGGAUGAAGAACCAGGGGUUAUUAGUUUUAGACAAUCUCAAUAUUGGAAGCACAUAGUAAGUUCGCGAAGAAGGUUGUAUAACCACUAUAAAGAGAUAAAAAGAAUCCGCAUCGCAUAUGAGGCAUACGAGGAUAAUGAUUUCAAGGGACUGAAACUAGAAAAUGUUGAUCAGCAAAGCAACAAUGUUGAGCGUGAUGGUUCCUUCAUGAAUUCCGAACACGAUUCCGAGUCUGAAUAUGAAUCGGCUAUUGAUAUCUCUGAAGAUAAUGCUAACGAUUCUUGCUCCCAAUUCGAGACAUUUCGAACAUGUGAACGAACCACCAGCAAUGCAGAUGAUGAUUGCUUGGAAUUGGUGUACAAUUCGCAUUUUCCUAAUGAUCUGCUGGAAUUAGAGAGCCGAACAUACAACCAACACUUGGAAGUCCAAAGCAACAGUGUUGGACAUGAUAAUUCCUCCAUGGAAUUAUCAGAGUCGGAAUACGAAUCGGCAAUCGACGUUCCGGAAGAUUAUGUCAAUAAUUGUUGCUGCCAAUCCGAGACCUAUAGGAUAGGUGACCAAACCACCAAAACGUAUAAUGAUGAGUUGCAAUUGGAUAACAAUGGAGAUGUCCCAAUGAAAUCAAUAUAUCAAAUUACUUCAUAUGAGGAUUUAGACAAUUGUUCUAUCUUUGAAUAUAAAAAUUAUGCGCUGGAAGAUUUUUACAGUGAUCUUUUGGAAUUAGAGAGUUUUAGACAAAGAUGGUACCAUCACAUCAAUGAACAAAGCAAUAGCAUUGGAUAUGAUGAUUCUUCCGUGGAAUACGAAUCCGAAACCGAACUAGCAAACGACAUAAAUACAAAUGGUGCUAAUAAUUGUUGUUCCCAGUUCGAGACAUAUCGCAAAUGUGAUAUGUCUCGAACAUUAGCUUAUGAUGAAGAUGUUCCAAUGUUACCGGAAUCGGAAUUCGGAAAUAUUUCAUGUGAGAAUAUGGAAAAUCUGUCCCUCUUUCAAAUCGAAAACUAUUCGCCAGAAGAUUUUCGCACUGAUCUUUUAGAAUUCGAAAACUCUGGGCGGCAAAGAUUGUACCGAUACUUUGAAGACAAAACAAGUUUCUCUGGACAAGAUGAUUCAGAACCAGAGAAAGAUUUUCCAGAAAAUAGUUAUGAUGCCAUCGUAUCAGCAUCUAUGAAUGCUUCCAAUAUUGACCACAAAAUGCAUUAUUAUAGCGAUGUCACAGACAAUGGUGAUGAUACCAUGCAAUCGGAAUCAGAUUCCAACAAUGAUAGCCGUCUUGAAUGUGAUUAUGAUGGCGAUAUUGAAGAAAGUGAUGAUGAAGACAACUUCUGA